AUGGUCCUACCUGCCUCAACACUGAACCUUCAACACGGCAUCACUUCGCCCAUUAGGACUUCAGACUGUCCAUCCAUCCUCUACAAAGGAAUUUUGAACGCCUCAAAUAUUUCCUAUUCUCACUACCGAUCAACAAUAAAAAGUCAACCUUAUCGCAUAAUCGUUUGGUCUGCCUUCGAGGCAGACAAACUUUGCCUGGGUGACUUCGCGUCAUCCAGCGCUACCCGGCUGUCUGACUGUACUUUGUAUUUUUACUACCGAUCAAUAAUAAAAGUCGGGUUACGCAAAAGCUGGGAUCUGGACUGGCGAGUCUUUGUUGGUGUGGACCAUCAGUUAUUAAAAACCGCAAUCACCCCUUUUCUCAGUAUCUACAGUUUAAUGGCGCCCUCGACCAGAACCAAAGCCCAUCGUGGUGCAACAACUACUGGCACUACAGGCCCCACAGUGUCCGACAGCUCUGUCAUGCGCACACGCAGUGGUUUUGCUAUCAACCCCCCUACCGACCAAGAUAAGUGCAAAAAAAUCAUGAGCUUCGAAGACUAUGCUCAGAUCCUUGCUCGCCCUCGCAAACCAAAAGUAAAACCUUUAGUGGACCCAGUUAUUUCUGAUAUCCAGUUGCACAGUGACUGUGCCCCAGCCGCCUCUCCCACCGACGAUGAAGAUGAUGGCAUGGGCGACGCUGACAAAGACCAGGCUGAUGAAGGCAAAAAUGAGGAAGGCGAGAAUGAGUAUGAUGAGGAUGAGGAUAAUCAGGACUCCGGGCGUGCAAAGACUUCAAAAGAAAGUGACAACAACGCCAAGGAUACCGAUGAAGAACCUGACAAUGACGAGAAUAACGAGGACCGAGGACGCGCAAAGACUUCGCCAGUUACCUAUUCUACGCAGUCAGGAGACUUUGGGCCUGAAAGCAGCUACACUUCUUUCCACGCAAAACGAGAACACCCCGCAAGAUCUGAUCAAGUUUCCGCCCACGAGUCAGAUGCAGACGAAGACCUCAACCACGACAGUCCAUCUUCACCACCUGCUAAGCGCAGGAAGACAUCUUCAGCAGUCAAUAUUACCUCAGUCAACACCACUCGCUCGACAACCAUUCGCAACAAGCAUGUUCAUGCAUCUAUUUCACGUUCAGCUGACGACCACACUCCUUCUGGCAUAGUUUUUGGCCCUACACCAGACAAUGAGCCCACUGAGAAUGAAGAAGAACUCCCAGGCAAUCUAAAGCGAGGCCGGCUAUGUCAGGAAGGCAUUGACGAGGCUCAGGAACUUGGAUGCAAAACAGCAGAAGAAGCUCAGGUCAUUGGCGUCAAGUACGGCAAGUCUGCACGCGCUAUUCUUAUUGAGGCUGGCCUAUCUAUCAAGCAUUCACGAUCAGAGUCUGAUUGGAAUGCCCACCAAUGCUGGUUCAUGGAUAAUAACCCUUGCAAGGAUAAAGAAUCUAUUGUCGACUGGAAAGAACGUCAAUGCACACAUUAUCAUGCGAUGGGCAAGGAUAACAAACAGUGGGACACAAUUCGCAACUAUAGCAUCACUGGCGGCAAUAUUGAUCAAUCGCGCGCCAAGACCAUCUUGUCAAUGAGGGAGGACAUCGCAAGAAAGUUGUCUGCUUAUUCUCGCCUUGAAGGAGUUGAGGCCGUUGGUUGUAUAUUUGACACCACACAAGAUGAGGCUGCUCGACAGGCGUCCGGCUUCAUCGCAGGCUCCGACCUCAUAGUCAAGUUGAUUAAUGAGCAUCAACUGGACGCUCAUGCAAUUUUAGAUUGGGUCGUGACGGCAACAAAAGUGAAAGGCUACAACAUAUCCAUUCCACAGUUUAUGGGGGGAGUAGGGGCUUAUGAAAUCCUACUUUCUAAGCCGAAUGAGGCUCCCCGCGACUGUUACAGGAGGAUAUGGCCAAUCAUGGUACUCAAGAAAACCUCGAAGUUUGGGUAUCGACCCAAAGCAGUCCAGUGGCGGAAGCUUCUUGACUAUGCUUUUCAGUAUAAGUUCAUGAUCAAGAACUGGCCUGAUGACGUUACCCCCAUUGGUCCUGAAUUCAACCCUCAUAACCUCAGUUCACAGCAUCUCAAGCUGCUCGUCGUCCCUUUCAUCAAGCGCAAAGCACAUUCCUAUUACGAGGCAGAACUCCGGACUGAAGCUGAGAACUUGUUUGAGAUAGAGAAAAAGAAGUCAAAGGGCAAGCGCCGAGGUCAGGAGCGCACUGUGGAGGAUGUCAUGAGUGAAUUAGAUGUUGAUGCAUCUGAGAUCGAGUUCGCAGCUUGGCCAGAUGAACGUCUCAAGCAGCUCAGUGACGAGGUGCCGGAGAUGUUUGACAUCCCCUUGGUGACUAGUACAUUGGAUGUUGUGCUGCGCAAGCUGGUCGACUCUGCAAAAUUCAAGGCAUCUAUCCCUGAGGAUAUAUUGGCGGUUCAUCAAGCACAUUCACAAGGUCCCAUUUCCUCGACUGCAGAAAUGCUGCCGGGUGGUCAUGAAUCUUCCUCCCCCACUUCGAGCUCCCCAGCCUUGCCCUCCAAUCAACAUCACACUACGAUGGCCACGCCAGUGCAUCACCGAGAGGGAAGUCAUCCUACUCGGCUGCCAGAUCUCUUAGAUCGUGAAUCCCACCUUGUUCGGCCUACAAGGAGAGGAGAACUCGCCGGUGGUGGACCAUGA